GGGUGGUGGGAAAAAUUUUUCCUCCCAACGGCCUCAGCUUCACUAACCCCUCCCCCCGGUGCGCGAGCCCCCGCUUGACCACGUGACCCUCUGACCCUCGUGCCAGCCCCCUGCCCUCCUUCGGGGAACGGGCGUCUACGUGACCCAGCUUCCUUGCGAACCACCUGGGCCCAGUGCCCCACGGGCUGUGCGUGCCGCAGAGACUCUCCUCUCUUAAACUUCUCCCCAGCCCUUGCCUCUCUCCCUUUAGCAUUAGUACCUCCAAGCUUCGGCCUCUUCCCCGCUACCUGGGAUCAGGCAGUGACGGGAAGUUUCUUGGUCCUUCCACCCCUAAAGGAGAGGAUCCAUAGCUUAUUGUAUUGGUAUCCAGGAAACAGCCUGAGUUGGUUGCAACAUGACAAGUGAGGUUGUGGAAGAUGAGAGCCAAUUCUACUUGAAGGCAGAGAAGUACUGGAAAGACGUCCCACCCACAGUGGAUGGCAUGCUUGGAGGGUAUGGCCAUAUCUCCAACAUCGACAUCAACAGCUCCAAGAAGUUCCUGCAGAGGUUUUUGAGGGAAGGUCCAAAUAAAACAGGAACUAACUGUGCUUUGGACUGUGGAGCUGGCAUUGGUCGAAUCACCAAAAGGCUGCUCUUGCCACUGUUCAAAGUAGUGGAUAUGGUUGAUGUUACAGAGGAUUUCCUGAUUAAGGCCAAAACUUACCUGGGUGAAGAGGGGAGGAGGGUGAGGAACUAUUUCUGUUGUGGCCUACAGGACUUCAGCCCAGAACCAAACUCCUAUGAUGUCAUUUGGAUCCAGUGGGUUAUAGGUCACCUGACUGAUCAGCACCUUGCUGAAUUCCUACGAAGGUGCAAGGCGGGUUUGCGGCCCAAUGGCAUCAUUGUCAUCAAGGAUAAUAUGGCUCAGGAAGGGGUGAUCAUGGAUGAUGUGGAUAGCAGUGUGUGCCGGGACCAGGAGGUGGUACGCAGGAUUGUCCGCCAUGCAGGUCUUAACCUCCUGGCCGAAGAGAGGCAGGAGAACUUUCCGGAUGAGAUUUAUCAAGUCUACAGUUUUGCCAUGAGAUGAGACAGUUUGGCAUGAGAGACAUAAGAAGGGACCAGUGUGGGGUUGGGGGAGGGGGAAUUGGAGCCAAAUGACACCUGUUGGAUCCAGCAGUGUUGUGUUAUGGUUCAGGAGUAUAGAAACAGCCCCAUGGAGGCUGCUAAAUACACCUGUAUGUUUGCUAUCAAUUUACUCUGUAUAGAUUGUAUAUUUAAAAGGAAAAACCAGACACAGAAGGGAAAGUUCUGCUGGACAAGAUAGAAGGUGAGUUGCAGGGCUUCCAAAGCAGAAAGUGCCAGCCAACUUUUGUGUGUGUGUACAAAAUAGGAAGAGUAGGCCUGAAUCAUAAUUAUCUCCUAACUUCCCCUUUCCCCAAAAAAAUUUUUUUUCCUGUAUGCCUAUUUGGGGACUUGUUAUUUUUCUUCUUGGAACACGGUUAUACAUGAUAGGUCUGGGAAAAACACUGAUCCUACCAGAUGACUUUUUUUUUGUUUAAACCAAAGGUCUGGCUGCCUUAACAGGAAGUAAAAUCACCUUUAACUUUGUAUCUGUGAACAUUAAAAAAGAAUCCAUUGUUACUUAA